CAAGAGACCAAAACGGAAGACAGAAGUGAGUAGAUGGAGCACCAGAAAGGCUCCACUGCCCAUUCCAGGGACUUUACAAUCAUGGACAAACAUGAAAAGAAAGCCACUAUCCUUCAUAAGGAGGUGGGUCUGCUAAGCGCCGUGUGUCUGAUUGUGGGCACCAUGAUUGGCUCAGGCAUCUUCAUCUCUCCCAAAGCGGUCUUGCUCAACACUGGAGCUGUGGGGCCCUGCCUCCUCAUCUGGACUGCCUGUGGGGUGUUAGCCAUGAUGGGAGCUCUGUGCUAUGCCGAGCUGGGCACCAUGAUCCCCAAAUCCGGAGGGGAGUAUUUCUAUUUGAUGGAGGCUCUCGGCUCUCCGGUAGCCUACCUUUUCUCGUGGACCACGGUGAUGGUGGCCAAGCCCUCGGCCUUUGCCAUCAUCACACUGAGCUUUGCCGAAUACGCUGCGGCUCCUUUCUAUCCCGAAUGCAGCCCUCCUGUCAUUGUCACAAAGGGUCUGGCCGCUGUCGCCAUAGUUAUUAUUGUGACCAUAAACUGCUUCAGUGUCAAAUUGGCGAGUUACGUGCAAAACAUCUUCACUGGAGCCAAACUUUUAAUCAUCAUCAUCAUAGUGGUAGCUGGCAUCGUUCUCUUGGCGCAAGGAAAUACAGAUAAUUUGUCAAACGCAUUUGAUGGCAAGGCAGUUUCUGUGGGAGGAAUUGGACUUGCUUUUUAUAAUGGACUCUGGGCCUAUGAUGGAUGGAGUCAAUUGAAUUUCAUCACAGAGGAGCUGAGGAAUCCUUCCAGGAACCUGCCAUUAGCCAUCCUCAUUGGGAUCCCCUUGGUGAUUGUGUGUUACGUAAUGGUCAACAUUGCAUAUUUUACUGUCAUGACCCCCAAUGAGCUGCUGUCAUCACCGGCUGUAGCUGUGACAUUCGGAGACAAAGUUCUUUAUCCCAUGUCUUGGAUUGUUCCACUUUUUGUCGUCUUUUCCACAUUUGGCUCAGCCAAUGGAAGCUGCUUUACGGCAGGCAGGCUGGCCUAUGUGUCUGGCCGAGAGGGUCACAUGGUGGAAAUUUUAUCUUUUAUUAGUCUGAGGCGCUUCACCCCAUCGCCAGCGCUCAUGUUCAACGGUUUUCUGGCUAUUUUAUACAUAAUGCCAGCAGACAUCAACAUCCUCAUCAACUACUUCAGCUUUGCUCAGUGGACCUUCUACGGCCUGACUAUGUUUUCUCUUAUCCUCAUGCGUUUCACAAAGAAGGACUUGAAAAGACCAGUCAAGGUUCCCAUCAUAAUCCCCAUCCUAAUGGUGCUCAUCUCUUGCUACCUGGUCCUGGCCCCCAUCAUUGACAGCCCUGACAUCGAGUACCUCUACUGUGUUAUCUUCAUCCUCAGCGGGCUCCUUCUGUACUACCCCUUUGUCCACCUAAAGGUCGAGUGGGCACGCAGGAUCAUGAGACCUAUCACUGUGCAUCUGCAACUCCUGAUGGAAGUCGUUCCCCCUGAGAAAAGUGAGUGAGAAAGUGCUAACCAGGUCAACAUCCAUUUGGCUCCUGUUCCAGCGAGUGUCAGACCUUUGGAGAAUUUUUUCAAUCUCUUGAUCCAAACCAAAACAAACACGGGUCUAAAUGAGGAUUCCUGUUUACAUCACUGUCAUAUUAUUAGAUACAAACUGCACACUCUUGAUGAACUGUCUAAACUUUUCAGCCUGUACAAAAUAAUGACAAUCUGUUUUAACUGUUGCUGACAGAGCUAUAGUAAAUAUUUUUCUCAAUUUUUUUCAAACUUUGUUUUAUACCCCAACCCCUGUCUUGUUUAUCAAAACCAAACACCUCACUAUUAAUUUUUUUCUUUCAUUGUAUUUUAUUGUGUAAAAUUGUGCUAUUUAUGUGGAAAAGCCUGGAGUGGAAUCACAUUUAUUGUCACAAAAAAACAAAAACAAACAAAUAGUGGACAUAAACAAUAACUGCACAAACGGAUGAAUUGGUGAUCAAUUGUUUGGUAUCAAAUUUGUAUGUGAUAAACAGU